UGAUUGUCUGAUUUUUGAGGUCAUUUGUCCUGUCGUGAUUAAUAUCCUCAUUAAUUCCACCAACACAGAGCUGCCUCUCGCUUCAGUCGUGCUGCUUCCUGUUGUACUGUACUGGCGCCGAGUGACCAGCAUCGGUGUUUGCUCAUUUGUUAAGCACGUUGCCGACAUGCAAACUCUACCAGACGUGCUUUCUGUGAAUGGUCUGAUAAGAAUGUGUGUGUUCACCUGCACCCACUGCUCCGUGACCGCGCAGGGAGUGCAGAUAAGAUCGGCCUCUCCCCAGUCACAGGGGACGACAUUGUACCACAGCGCGUCUGUCUUUACGUCGCUACGAGGGCACAACCCGAUCCCAGCCCUCGUCUCGUCCCCGGCCUUAAUUCGAUCUGCAAAUUGAGCACUACCUCCGUCUAGUUGCCUCGCGGGUCGAAGGAGUUGCGUUUCCACAGGAUCGAUGCUCUUCGCUUCAUGUCAUGGACCACGCUGAGCGCGCUUCUUACAGGUGCACCUAAGGAGAAAGCCCAAGCUCUAAAAAACGUCAAUGAAACCGGUGCAGUCUACUUCUGUCCCAUCACCGUAGACCCAGCUGAAUGCUCAAGGAUGAACCUGAUCACCAGAACUGGUCCAACGGAGAUGGUGGAGGGGAUGUGGCUGGGCGUGACGGUGACCAGUCAGAGGGACCUGCAGGACGGACGUGUGCUGGCGUGUGGGCAUCGCUAUGUGAAGAUCACCCAGAGCAUCGCAGAAGAGCAGCGGCGAAUGAUCGGGAAGUGCUACGUCCGCAGCAACGACCUGACCUACGACCCCGACGACUACUGGCAGAGUUACAGCUAUGAGGUCUGCAACCCCACCUUCGACAUGGAGUUCGAAGGCAUGUGCAACGCCGGCAUCUCCGCCGGUAUGACGGACACCGAAGUCUACAUCGGCUCAGCGGGCAGCUACUCGUGGGAAGGGAAUGUUCAUGUAACCUGGAGAAAUCCGGAUCCAGGAAAUAACUGGGACUAUGCUGACUAUGACUUUGGAGUGAAUAAAAAAAAGGAAAGAUAUAAAUUCAGUUACAUGGGUUAUUCAGUCCUUCAAGAGAAGAAGCUGCUGAGCCACGACGACUACACAGUGGUGACGGGGUCUCCCAGGAACGAAUCCAAGGGCUCCGUGGUGUUGGGGACGCCACAGGCUAAUACCAACAUCCAGCUAAUGCUCAACAUCCCCGGGGAACAAGUGGGCUCAUACUUUGGGAGCAGCCUGGCUGUGACGGACCUCAACAACGAUGACUGGAAUGACCUGAUUGUCGGGGCCCCGUUUUACUUUGACCGCGUAAAGGAACAUGGUGGAGCAGUGUAUAUCUUUAUGAAUGAGAACGGCUCCUUCCAGGAGACAGCCACUGUGGUUCUGAAGGGUCCGUCGGACUCUGCGUUUGGCAUGGCAGUUGCUGCCAUUGGUGACGUAAAUCAAGAUGGAUUCCAGGACUUUGCAGUGGGAGCUCCGUUCCACGGCACAGGAAAGGUCUACAUAUGGAUGGGAAGUAAAAAGGGAAUCUCCAUGGAGCCCAGUCAGGUGAUUGAGGGCAAAUCUGUGGACAGUGGAUUCAAAACCUUUGGCUACUCCAUCAAUGGAGGGAUGGACAUGGAUGACAACAGUUACCCUGACGUCUUAGUCGGUUCUCUGGACGACCGCAUCGCUCUGCUCAGAGCUCGACCAGUCGUCCAUUUGACUAAUGACUUUAAAGUUGAGCCAAAGAUUGUGGACCCAAAUCAGUGUUCUGGAAACAAACCAUGCGUUACGGUCACUCUGUGUAUGUCUUUCACGCUGAGCAACGGAAACAAGGACUUUAACAGGGAUAUCACUGUGAAGUACAUGGUGGAAGCCGACGCCGGAAGGAGAAAGACCCCUCGAGUUCACUUCCUAAUCAAUAACGAUGACACCUACACCGGCCUCCUGAGCCUGCCGUCCUCCAAAACCAAAUGUGAUACUCUGAAGCUGAGUGUAAUGGGGCCUGUGAGGGACAAACUGGAACCGGUGGUGUUUUCUCUCAACAUGUCCCUACAUCACCCAAACCUCACACAAAAAACAGACCCCAAACCCGUCAAUCUGGACUUCUUCCCAAUUCUGAGCUUGGGGCAGAAACUCACUCAGAGAACUGAGAUUAACUUUCAGAACGAGUGUGGCUCCGACAACAAAUGUUCCAGCAACCUGCAGCUGACGGCCCAGUUUGCUAACGACAGAGAAGGGAAACCCUACCCCAGGGAGGGCCAAACGCAGGUGCUUCAGUUCAGCAGCUACGUGAAGAUCAUCAGGCUGAUGGUGGAGGUGACUAACUUCCCUUCUGAUGGAAAGUUGGCUGAAGACGCCCACCAGGCAACGCUCAACAUCACCAUCCCUGAUGCACUCAAAUACUCGGGCGUCAGGUUCGAGGACCAUUUGGUAGAGUGCACGUUUGAGACGACGGUGAUAUGUGAUUUGGGGAAUCCGCUUAAAGGCAAUGACAAGGUGUCAUUUGCUAUAAAGUUUGAGACAUCAGGAAUCGAUCUGUACACACAAAAGAUCGAAUGCCAGCUGCUUAUGUCCACUCUUAGUGAACAGAGUGACCUGAGGCCUGUAUCUGUGGCCCUGCUCAUUGAAAACACCAUCGUACCCAAUUUCUCCACAGCGACUGGCAUUGUGUUUACACAGUUCAGUGGGACAGUGAUGGGCGAGUCGGCCAUGAAUCAGACCAGUGACGUGGGAAGCCUGGUGGAGUUCACCUUCAGGGUUGAUAUGAAAAAGCAGCCGUUGGGAGACUUGGGGUCCCUGGCGGUGGAGUUUGAGUGGCCCUAUGAGGUAACCAAUGGCAAAUGGCUGCUGUACCUGACAAAGAUUGCCGUCAAGGGGGAUUCAGAGAUGGAGUGUAACCCCGGAGGAGUCGUCAACAACCUAACUUUGUCUGAGAGCCGAGCUGCGCGCAGGAAGCGCCAGACGGGGGAUGAAAGUAAUGACGGACCACAUGUUGUGCAAACAGCAGCGAUUAAACUCAGCCCUCAGCGUAAAGACUACCUUUUGAAAUGCUCCAAGGGCACAGCCAGAUGCGUGACCUUCACAUGUCCGCUCAUCAACAUGACGGAAUCGGCCACCGUUCACGUGCGCUCUCGUCUGUGGAACAGCACGAUGCUGGAGGACUAUCCCAACGCUCUGAGGGUUCUCGUCAUGGGACAGGCCACACUGAAGCUCCUGGAGCACAAGCCGAGCAUCAAGAUGGAGAGUCAGACCAUCACGUUUUCAGUAGACAUAGAACCGGUGAUGGGGGAUGAGACGCCGUACGAGCUCCCGCUGUGGAUCAUCAUCUCUGCGGUCGUAGCAGGAGUCGUCCUACUAGGAAUAAUCAUACUUAUACUAUGGAAGCUUGGAUUCUUCAAGCGAGCCGUCUACUACCGCAUAAUGCCAAAACACAGGGGAGUGAAAAUUUGCAGGGCUGAGCGCUACGGGUUCAAUGUGGGAUUUCAGCCAGAGGAGCCCCAGAGAAAGUACUGGAUUACUAACUGGACGGAGAUGCAGCACUACUGCUACUGAGGCCUUUGCUUUGAACUCUGUACCACUGGCCGUCACAGUGGUUUGACAUGAGCCAAGCAAGGGCUUGACGCACCACAUGGAUAUUGCAGUACAUGGAGCAGCUGUGGGUCGUACCUUUGGUAGAUUUGGUGCAAUACACUGAACAUUUUUUGUCAGAGAUUGUAAUUUGUGAAUAUGUUUGAUGGAUGCAGUGUUGCAAAUUGAAAUUGAGGUUGCAUUCAGUUUUUAUUUUUACAUUUUAGGUUUUUUACAUAUCAGACUUUGCCUUUCUUCCCCUUUCAGAAUCCUGAAUUCUGAGCAUUGCAGAUUAUGACUAUUUUACACAACGCACUGUAAUGAACAUGGAUAUCUGUUUUAUUUCCAAUCGCAUCUUGGAGGUAGUCGGUCACUCUGAGCUAAUAUGCAGAAGCAGCAGUAUUUUUGCUCUAUUAUUUCCCUGAUUGCAGGGAAUAAAUACAGAUUAUGUUUUAAACACCCACAGCACAAGUCAUCCAAACUUCAGGUUCUACAAUGUAGAAUUAGUUCAGCUCAUGGGUGUACACUUGAUCAUUAUUUAUUACACUUCCAUGUUAUAGUAAAGAACUAAAAUGUCACAUACAGGGAGUCUGAACACUGGAUUAAUUAAUGCGUUUUAUAUUUGUCUGGCAGGUUUAACCUCUGGCAUUGAUCAGUUGUACAAAGUGAAGUUAUUGGAUUGAACUCACUGACCCGGUUUCAUAGUGCCUAUGCUUUGUAUUUUUGUACUAGAUGUAACAGACACAUGGAUUGUUUCUAAGCCAUUGUGGCCUCCACUGAGGUCAAUCUACAAAAAAAGUGGACUGAGGAAAUGGCUUCAGUGACGGACUCUGAAGGGACUAAGUGUUGCAUUACCUCUGUUCUUUGUUAAAUUUCUAUUAAAGGUUCUGAAAUGUUUUUUCCCCUAAUUAAAAAAGCUGAAAUAAAAUUUCCAACUUUUCA